AUGAAGAUGCUGCGGCCCGGCCUCAAGAUCCUCGACGGCGGCCUCUCCACCCAGCUCGAGAAUCACCACGGCGUCGACCUCACCAAGUACCCCAAGCUCUGGACGGCUGGCCUGCUCGCCGACGCCGCCGGCCGCGCCAAGCUGCGGGCCGCACACGACGCCUAUUACGCCGCCGGCGCGUCCGUCAUCCUCUCCUCCUCGUACCAGACGAGUCCGGGCACGGACACCGCGGCGCUCGCCGCCUCGAUCGAGCUCGCGCUCGAUGCGCGCGACGCGGCGGCGCCCGGCGCAGAGGCGUGGGUGUCCUGCGGGCCGUACGGCGCCACGCUCGCCGACGGCUCAGAGUACCGCGGCGACUACGCACUUGGCGAGGCGGCGCUUCGUGAGUGGCACGGCGCGCGGCUCGCGGGACUGCUGCCGCCGGACGCCCCGCGCCGCCCCGACGGCCUCGCCUUUGAGACGCUGCCCAGCAUGCCGGAGGUGCGGGCGAUCCUCUCGCUGCUGGCGGAGCCGCGGUGGCGCGAGAUGCCGGCGUGGCUGUCCUUCCAGUGCCGCGACGGCAGCCACCUCGCCGACGGCACCCCGGUCGCCGAUGCGGUCUCCGCGUGCCGCGCCGCCUUUGCGGCACGGGGGCCCGCGCGCAGCCUGCUCGGCGCCAACUGCGUGUCUCCGGCGAUUGUGCACGAGCUGCUUGAUGCGCUGCUCGCGCCGGCGGCCGAGGGCGCGCUCUCCGGCGUGGUGCUGUACCCCAACGACGGGGGUACCUGGAACGCGACCGAGCGCUGCUGGGAGUGCGUCGGCGGCGAGCGCAGCUUUGCCGACGCGCUGGCGGGGGAGUGGGCGGGCCGCAUCCGCGCGUCGGGGCUCGAGGCGAUCAUCGGCGGCUGCUGCUCCACCGACCAGUGCACGGUCCGCGCGCUGAGCCGGGCGCUCAGGGCGGGAUGCGCGGGGGAGUGA